GUACUGUUACUGUACGGUUAGUUAGUGUAACGAAGAGGUGUAGCCAGCAGCGAAUAGCAGCUACAAACUGUUUGCCACGGUCCAGAUAUAUUAUAUCAGAUUUCGGGAAGAAAGAAGCGAGGGUGGAGAGAUGGCGAAAACCUAUGAUUACCUUUUUAAAUUGCUUCUCAUCGGGGACAGCGGUGUCGGCAAGACAUGUCUCCUCUUCAGAUUCAGCGAAGAUGCGUUCAACACUACCUUCAUAUCAACAAUAGGUAUUGACUUCAAAAUCAGGACGAUAGAGUUGGACGGGAAGAAGAUCAAGCUCCAGAUAUGGGACACAGCCGGUCAGGAGAGGUUCAGGACCAUCACAACAGCCUACUACAGAGGAGCUAUGGGCAUCAUGCUAGUGUAUGACAUCACUAACGAGAAGUCCUUCGAGAACAUCAAGAACUGGAUCAGGAACAUUGAAGAGCAUGCCUCCUCUGACGUGGAGAGGAUGAUCCUAGGAAACAAGUGUGACAUGAACGACAAAAGACAGGUGUCUAAAGAACGAGGAGAAAAGUUGGCGAUUGAUUACGGCAUCAAGUUCCUAGAAACGAGCGCCAAGUCCAGCCUGAACGUGGAAGAGUCCUUUUUCACACUGGGAAGAGACAUAAUGACGAGACUCAACAGAAAAAUAAACGACAGCAGUCCUCCAGGAGGAGGUGGGCCGGUCAAGAUCACAGAGACCCGGUCAAAGAAGAGCAACUUCUUCAGAUGUUCACUGUUCUAGUGGAUCAGUCCUCUCCUUUCCAUGGACUGAUACAGCCUUUACCUGCCCUGCUGCUUCCCCCUAGAGCUGAGCAGAAUACACCCCCAACCCCUCACCAGGCCUGGGUAGCAGGCUACCUACCUAGCACUCCUCCAACCCCUCACCAGGCCUGGGUACCAGGCUACCUACCUAGCACUCCUCCAACCCCUCACCAGGCUACCUACCUAGCACUCCUCCAACCCCUCACCAGGCCUGGGUACCAGGCUACCUACCUAGCACUCCUCCAACCCCUCACCAGGCCUGGUACCAGGCUACCUGCCUAGCACUCCUCCAACCCCUCACCAGGCUACCUACCUAGCACUCCUCCAACCCCUCACCAGGCCUGGUACCAGGCUACCUACCUAGCACUCCUCCAACCCCUCACCAGGCCUGUGUACCAGGCUACCUACCUAGCACUCCUCCAACCCCUCACCAGGCCUGGUACCAGGCUACCUACCUAGCACUCCUCCAACCCCUCACCAUGCCUGGGUACCAGGCUACCUACCUAGCACUCCUCCAACCCCUCACCAGGCCUGGGUACCAGGCUACCUACAAAGCACUGGGUCUUGGCCAGGCUAGGCUACUUAUUGCUGCUGAACUGCCUGGCUAUUCUGUAGGCUACAGAGGAAAGCGACUCGCCAUCCCAUUUCAAAAAUGACACGUUAGAGAACCCAAAACAAUUCUGAAAAGAACAAGGUAUGCCCCUCAACUGCACCCCUCUCUCCCUUCCCCAAAGGAGUUAGUCUAGGCCUGCAUCCCAAAUGGAACCCUUUUCACUAUAUAGUGCACUACACUUCACCAGAGCCCUAUUAUGCAGGCCCUGGUCAAAAGUAGUGCACUAUAUAGGGAAUAGGGUGGCAUUUUGGAUGCCGUACAUUUCUCCCCCCCCCAACAGCUCUGAUUGACAGUUGAACCCUGUCUUCUGUGUUCUUUAACUCACCCCUGGAAACGCUUUGUUGUUUGUUCAGCUUCCUGUUUAGCUGAAGCUGCCUUCCCCCUGUAUCCACUCGAUGCACAGUUAACUUUUUAUUUUGAUGUCGCGUGUCUUUCUUUACCUGCCUAUCUUUCUGCGGGGGGAAAAAAAAGAUUGACACCUGAAGGAUUGGAAGAGUUUGUUUGACGUGGAUCUCGGGUUGGUUUGCUAUUAGAGAAGAAUAUAGUCAUUUUUUUAAAAGUGAUGAAUGAACAUGACUGCAGGGAGAGAUGGAGAGAAAAGAGAGUAUUGUACUGCAUGUUCUGCCCACGCUAGAAAGGAAAAUGUAACUGUUGUUUAGUAUUCUACCAAAGCUGAGGACUUCAUUGUGGUGGUUGUUUCACCAAUGUCUUUAUUUUUUAUUUUUUAGGUCUUUUAGUUUUAUAUCAUCUUUAUGAUAAUCGCACUGGAGAUCGUUAUGGAUGUUUCAAUGAUUGUUAAAACACCGCCUCUGUCAAAAAGGACACUGCAGUCAUUCGACGAUGCAUCCCUGGUCCAGAGCACUAAAGGUGCUAGAUUCAGAGCCGCUCUUCAGAACCGCUCUUCAGAACCACUCUAAAGAGUUAAAGGAUGCUCAUUGCUCAUUGCACUUCAACUGAUGACGGUCUCAGAAUUGGCUUCACUCAAUCGGACGUAAUGAAUGACUAGUUUUUCUGUUGUCACUUAGUCAUGCACUUACAGAAGGAGGUUUCUCAAUGACUCCAAUUUAGAACCACUGAUUAGCCUCUACUCAACUUAAAACCACUGAUCAGCCUCUACUCAACUUAGAACCACUGAGCAGCCUCUACUCAACUUAAAACCACUGAUCAGCCUCUACUCAACUUAAAACCACUGAGUAGCCUCUACUCAACUUAAAACCACUGAUCAGCCUCUACUCAACUUAAAACCACUGAGCAGCCUCUACUCAACUUAAAACCACUGAUUAGCCUCUACUCAACUUAAAACCACUGAGCAGCCUCUACUCAACUUAGAACCACUGAUUAGCCUCUACUCAACUUAAAACCACUGAUUAGCCUCUACUCAACUUAAAACCACUGAUUAGCCUCUACUCAACUUAAAACCACUGAGCAGCCUCUACUCAACUUAAAACCACUGAGCAGCCUCUACUCAACUUAGAACCACUGAUUAGCCUCUACUCAACUUAAAACCACUGAUUAGCCUCUACUAAACUUAAAACCACUGAUUAGCCUCUACUCAACUUAAAACCACUGAGCAGCCUCUACUCAACUUAAAACCACUGAGCAGCCUCUACUCAACGUAAAACCACUGAUCAGCCUCUACUCAACUUAAAACCACUGAUUAGCCUCUACUCAACUUAAAACCACUGAGCAGCCUCUACUCAACUUAAAACCACUGAGCAUUCUCUACUGACUCAUACAUCCACCACGGUAGCAGACACUGACUCAUACAACGACUACAACCACCACAGUAGCAGAUGCCGACUCAUACAACCACCACGGUAGCAGAUACCGACUCAUAUAACCACCACGGUAGAAGAUACUGACUCAUACAACCACCACAACCACCACGGUAGCAGAUACCGACUCAUACAACCACCACGGUAGCAGAUACCGACUCAUACAACCACGACAACCACCACGGUAGCAGAUACUGACUCAUACAUCCACCAGGGUAGAAGGUACCGACUCAUACAACCACCAGGUUAGAAGAUACUGACUCAUACAACCACGACAACCACCACGGUAGCAGAUACUGACUCAUACAUCCACCAGGGUAGAAGGUACCGACUCAUACAACCACCACGGUAGCAGAUACCGACUCAUACAACCACCACGGUAGCAGAUACUGACUCAUACAAUGACCACAACCACCAUGGUAGCAGAUACUGACUCUUACAAUGACCACAACCACCACGGUAGCAGAUACUGACUCAUACAACCACCACAACCACCACGGUAGCAGAUACCGACUCAUACAACCACCACGAUAGCAGAUACCGACUCAUACAACCACGACAACCACCACGGUAGCAGAUACUGACUCAUACAAUGAUGACAACCACCACGGUAGCAGAUACUGACUCAUACAACCACCACGGUAGCAGAUACCCACUCAUACAACCACCACAGUAGCAGAUACCGACUCAUACAACCACCACGGUAGCAGAUACUGACUCAUACAACCACCACGGUAGCAGAUACCCACUCAUACAACCACCACGGUAGCAGAUACCGACUCAUACAACCACCACGGUAGCAGAUACCGACUCAUACAACCACGACAACCACCACGGUAGCAGAUACUGACUCAUACAAUGAUGACAACCACCACGGUAGCAGAUACUGACUCAUACAA